AUGACCAUAGAGGUACAGCCAAAGGAUAGAUCCCAGCUUCCUGACUCGCGAUCAACAAUCAAAACAAGGGACUUAAAACCUAGCAAUCGCCUUGCUGUACGCACCUACCUCCAAGAGGUCGAUGCGUACACCCUCGUCGGCAACGAACAUGGCUGUGCAGAGAAAGUGUCAAUUUUUCAGUCAAUAAUCCAACAUGGUCUGGACAGUGUACUGCCCCUGCGAUCCAAAGCGAUCCACUCUAGAGAUCCGCCCUGGAUUAAUUUAGGUUUGAAAGAUCUAAUCAGACGGCGGCAAAGAGCACUCGCAGAAAAUAAUCAGCCGAUGUUUCGAUUUCUGCGGAACCGAGUGAACCUGCAAGUGGCGGUGCUACGACUCCAAAGUUAG